AUGUCAUUAAAAAACGAUACUCCCUCAAAGCCUGAAGCAGCUGAAGUGGCAACACCCGAAAUAUUCCCGCCAGAUGAAGAGAAGAAACUACUCGAUGAAGCAACUACGGAAAAGGCUUUAGCCAACAAGACAUUUGCGUCAGGCGAAUACAACAGCGCCAUACAAGGAUACGAGAAGGCGCUUGCAGUCUGCCCGAACUAUCUCGAAUACGAUGUCGCCGUCCUGCGUUCCAACAUAGCGGCAUGUCACUUGAAGCUGGAGGAAUGGAAGCAAGCCGUAGAAUCUGCCACAAAAGCCUUGGAGGCACUGGACCGCAUAGAUCCUCCCCCAGCCCCAAAAGAAACAAGCAAAGAAGGAGAGAAAGAAACAACAGGCGGCGGCGCCGUCCAAGAAAUCGAUGAUACCACCGAAAUCUACCUCGACGCUCUCACACGCACCAACCACACUAUAGACGACGUCCACAAACUCCGCACCAAAGCGCUCCUCCGCCGCGCAAAAGCCCGCCACGAAGUCGGUGGCUGGGCCUCUCUCCAGGGCUCCCUCGAAGACUACCAAGCUCUCCUCAAACCACCGCACCGACUCUCGAGCCUCGACCAGAAGGCGGUGCAAGCGGCGUUAAGGACAUUACCGGCGCAGUUGGAAGAGACGAAGAACAAGGAAAUGGCGGAUAUGAUGGGUAAGCUGAAACAGCUGGGAAAUGGGAUUUUGAAGCCGUUUGGGUUGAGCACGGAUAAUUUUCAGUUUACCAAGGAUGAGAAGAGUGGGGGGUAUAGUAUGAAUUUUAACCAGGGGGGUAAAUAG